CAUAAGUCUGCGCUGCUUGCAAAGCUAUAAUAAGCGUAUAUUGCGCAGACAGGCUUUAAAUAGCAAAAACGUUUAAAGCUUGAGUGAAUGAUUAAGUAUGCAUAUUCAGGGUACAUUUUAUAAUUUAACAUUUUCUGUAUCACUGACUACGUGAUCUGUUACACUACGAACUAUGUGUGGUUUUAGGCGCAUCCUGUCGUGAAGUGAGUGUUUAGUUGCCAUUAGACUAAAACCGAAAAUAAAGCGAAUGGAAAGUUUUAAAAGCAAGCUUUUAAAAUGAUAUAAGAACGUUAAAUACAUAACAAUGUUUGUUUAGUAAAGUUAGACCAAUGCAGAAUAUACCGUCGUAAGUCUUUAUUACUGAUCGUCACGAAAAUACAAGGUGAUAUACAGGGUGACAAACGACUGUCUAUAAACGGUAUUGUCUAUAUAGUUUCAAUGGAAAAAGAUACGUCACUGGUUAAAGUAGUAACGGAGGGAAAUGGAAACAUCUUGAAACCUUUUACGAAUUCUAACAACGUUGAGCUGCACCCUAUGGAAGAUGAAGGUGUCCCUGUUACACAAAUUUCAUCAUCCUUUUCAAGCCUAAACAAUUCAGGGACUUCUUUGUCACCAAGUUUAGAUAAAUCUUCAACAUCUGAAGAGAAAUCGAAUCACGAUGAUGAAGUUAUAGUAUGCAUUGAACCCGAAAUUGUUGUGGUCGCGGCACUGGAACAAAUGAGUCCAGCUGAACAGUGGGAGUUAAAGCAGCAGAAGAAGAGAGAAAUGAAGAUGCAAAACGAACUCAGAGAAAAGAUUGAAGCCGGAUGCAAAAUCCGACAGAUUCUUGCCUCGCCAGACUGGAAAGGUUCAAUAGACAAGUUACUGAUCGCUAAAGUAAAGUCCAGAGACUGGAGAGAAGUCGAAUCAAUCUUCGCCCUGUUAAAAAAAGAAGAAUACUCGAAAUUCUCGUGUCAGCAAGCGUGCGACGAGCAGAUGAGAGGACCUUUGCGAAUCGCAGUUGAAAACAAGGACAUUAAAAUGCUUGAGCUUCUUUUGAGUGAAGACAUAAUUAAGAACGAGAAAAUAAAGAUCUUGAAAGACCAUUGCUUGUAUUUCGCAAUCGCUUGCAAUUUCCUUGAAGGGGUAAAACUACUACUAAAGAGGGAAGCUGACAGUAACCUGAAAAUUUGUGGUUCCAAUCAAGCUUUUCCGGCAGGCACUACACCUCAAAUACUGGCAGCCUACCACAACAAUUACGAAAUCCUUUCGUAUUUGCAAACAAAGCUUCCCAUUGAAAUAGAGAAACCACCACAAAAUAACAUGCACUUCGUUUUGGAGGAUUCGUAUCACUUGCAAAUGAUUUCAAAAGCAAGAUCCAGUCCAGCAUAUAUCCUGGCAUUAGGCGAUGCGGACCGAAACUUUGAUACAUUCUUAUAUUGCAUUAAGCAUAUUUACGAGUUGCGACAACUCGCUAAAGUUGAACAUGAGUUCAGUAACUUUUAUCUACAACUUGUUGAAGACGUGGAAAAAUUCAUGUGCAAACUACUAGAUCAGAUUAAAACAUCGGCGGAUUUGGCUGCUAUUUUUGAGUACGACUACGACAAGAGAGCAAGGACAGAGACAUUGAAGUACAUUUUUCAAUCGUCGCCUGAGUGUGACAUUAACAACGGACUAGAAGAAAUCGGUAUCGGUACAAGAGUUAGAAUGCUAGAGAAAGCUUGCGACUAUAAAUUAGUUAAUUUUGUCACACACCAUAACCCACAGUUAGCCAUCGAGCAUCUAACCUACAGAAACACGCCAUUCUUUCGCACGGGAAAUCAUAUCACGUUCUAUUUGACAAGAAUUAUGCUCGCGUUGAUGUUUCCUGUUCUUAGUAUCUUCAACAUAAUAAACCCCAAAAGUAGAGCAGGAAGACUAAUAACAUAUCCGUGUACGUCAUACGAUUGUCGCAUGAUGUCAGAGUUUCUGUUUGUUGUAUUUCUCGUCACGAAUAUCUCAAACAAAAAAAUGCAUUUGGAAUACUUAGCUGCACCACCAACUACCUGGGAGGUGCUUAUAUUGAUUUGGGUGAUGGGAAAAUUUGUUCAAGAAAUAAAUGAAUUAAAUAAACGUGGAUUAGAAAGUUAUUUCUUUGACCCAUGGAACCAUCUUGACUUAUGGGCAACAAUAUUGUUCGCAUUCAACUAUGCAUUUCGAAUUGUCGAUUACGUCAAGUAUCACCAAGUUCCCGUCCAGCAGCGUCCACCUAGAUCGGAGUGGUACAUGUUUGAAUGGCGAUUGGUAGCAGAAGGCCUAAUGGCAUGCGCUUAUGUAUUUGUGUUCAUACGUCUGCUUGGACUGACUAGAGUAGAUCGAACACUUGGACCACUUCAAAUUUCCUUGGCCCGAAUGGUUAAAGACGUGGUUCAAUUUCUGUGCAUUUUUGCUUUUAUUUUAUUUGCUUUUGCUUUGGCUCUAACGGAACUGUAUUGGUUUUACGGGACGCCAAAAGGAAAAGAAAUCUCGUGUGAUGUCGGGGUAAGGAGCAACUUGACGAAUACUACUGCCUCUUGCCCGGAAAUCAACACGAUGUUUCAUAGUGUGUGGUAUUCAAUGAUAGAUUUGUUUUGGUCUUUGUUUGGGCAACUGGAUAUGAGCAAACUUUCUCUUUCUGGAAAACACUUGUUCACGGAAUAUGUUGCAAAAGCUCUGCUGGCAAUUUAUCACGUAAUCGCCAUUAUAGUUUUACUGAACAUGCUGAUUGCGAUGAUGUCCAGAUCGUACGAGAGGACCAGUGAAAACGAAGAGAAAGAGUGGAAGUUUCAAAGAACAAAGAUGUGGAUUCGUAUCCUCCGAAGAGAGAUCAUCCGUCCGCCUCCAAUGAAUCUUCUUCCGAGCUUUAAAACCAUCUGGUAUUACUUGAAACGCUUAAAACGACUGUGUUGUUUCUUUUUAGUGCAUUUGAUCCGCUGCAGAUGUUCUACGAUCAAGCGGUCUUUCUUCCCCGGACAACACCGUGUGAAAUACCAAGCCUUGAACUACCAUAAAGCUAGAAGAAACCUUAUUAGUAAAUACAAGACCAAUAUUUUGCUAUCAUCGGAGAAUGAUUGUACGUGAAGGAACAAGUUUGCAUAUGUAUUUAAAUCAACUGCUAUAACCUGCACGUGAAUUACUCCUAUCUAUAAUGUUCUGUAGUAUAGUGUUGUUUGUAUAGAAUAAACAUACUUCUGAAAAAAAGCAGAAUUUUGUGUUUGUUGUUUUGACCAAGGUUCCUGACCAUAGGGUAAAAUUUGUCAUUCGUUCAUUGAAUCGCCGCUUAAUUACGAUAAAGUCAGACCAA